UGAGAAGCUUUUCUUCGUCUCUCUAACAUCUCUAUCCCUCCCCCUCUUGUUUAGUGCCCGGAGUGAAGAGGUAGUUCUUCACCGCUAUCUGAGUGUAUAUAUUUAAUCUGUAUAUUUAAUCUUCGAUUUUAAAUUGUAAAAGUAGAAAGUCGUGUUUGUUGGAGGUGGAAUACUAAUUGGAAUACCAUCUUUUUAAUCAAACAUGUCAAAUUCAUAUUAAAAAUUUCUGCUUAUCUUUGUAUUUAACCGUAAACUGGCUGGAGGACAAUUUUUUUUUCCUAACGUGAAACUAAGACUACAUUACCCAUGAUUCUCGACCUAGAGCUAUCUGUGCAGUGAAGGUCGCGGUUUUUCUAAACGGCCCGCACGGCUGGGCGGGAGCUGAGAUCAAACAUGACUCCGCCUUUCCUGGGCUGAAGGCGGGACAUUCCGUGCCAAUGCGUAAGCGAACCCCGGCAGGCUAGCUGUUCGUCAGUUUGCUAACAACUUUGUGAUUCCUGCUUGCAGAGUUAACCAAAGUCAAAGAAAUGUCUUCACAGCAGACAUUUUCAAAACCAGAGCCUGACCAACACACUCGCAUAUCUGUAAAAUCAAAUCCUGGAUUUCUGGAGCGUCUGAGUGAAACGGCAGGAGGAACAGUCGUCGGCGUUGGUCUGUUUUUUCUCUCCAUCUACAUCCUCUUCACUAAUGAGGGUCGAGCUUUGCAAACUGCCUCUUCUCUGGAGGAAGGUCUCUCCCAGGUGAGGUCGCUGGGCUCUUAUCCAAUCCUCGACCUGCAGAACAACGGCCACUUAGUUCAUCUAUCUGCAGAGCUACAAACCCUGAAGCCCCUCUAUGACCCCAGCUACAGGGUGGUGGUCCAGGCAGUGAAGCUGCGGCGGCAGGUGGAGAUGUAUCAGUGGGUGGAGCAUAGUGAGAGCAGGGAUUACCAGGAGAAUGGAGAAACCAAAACUGAGACAACCUACACCUACAACACUGAGUGGAAAUCAGAGGUGGUUAACAGUCGUAACUUCGAUAAGGAAAUCGGCCACCAGAACCCGAGCGCCAUGCCGGUGGAGAGUGUGACAGUGGUGGCUCAGGAAGUCCAAGUGGGAUCUUUGAUUCUGUCCAAAGGCCUGGUGGAGCAGAUCAACAACUUCCAGACUCUGAGUCUGAAGGAUCUCUCAGCCUUUAAUCUGGAUCCUUUCCUCUCCAUCCAUGACAAUUACUUCUAUCACACUCAGUUCCCGCUUCGGCCACAGGUCGGGGACGUCCGAGUGAGGUUCUCCUUUGCCGGACUGAGUGGUGAGAACAGCUACCUCGGACCGCCGCUAACAGUGAGUAUCGUAGCCAUGCAGAGAGGAGAGAAAUUGCUCCCCUUUAAGACGAAGUCUGGAGACUUUCUGGAAAUCAUCUACCUGGAGGAGCUCACCGCAGAGGAAGUGUUCGCCAAGGAGCAUCAGUACAACAGAAUGAAGACGUGGGGCCUGAGGGCUGCAGGCUGGUUCCUCAUGUUCAUUAGUAUUCAGCUGACCACACGCAUCCUCCACACUCUGGUGGAUUGGGUUCCUCUCCUCAGAGAUCUGGUUUCUUUCGGCCUGAAGAUCUUCGCCCUGUGCCUCUCCUGCUCGCUGUCUCUCCUCGUCAUCGGGGUCGGUUGGCUGUUCUACAGACCCUUGGUGGCGGUCGCUCUGGGAGCCCUCGCUCUGCUUCCAGUGUUUCUGGCUCGAUCAGGCCUUCCCCAGAAGAAGAACGAAUGACUAUCGCAGUGAGGAUUCGACCUGGGUCCACCUUGACUGCAGCUGUGCAGCAGAAAACUCAGACAAUGUUACACAGCUACUUUUUGAACUCCAAAGGUUUAGAAUAUUUCUGCACAAAAUGAGUCUCGCAGCAGACGGAGGAGUUUGCUGCCUUCACUGGUCAUUAAUCUUCGACAUGAAGCAUAACAAUCCCUCACUCUGCCAAAUAAGACGCGCCCUACUUUGUUUUGAGUGUCAACAUAACUCAGCAGGCAGGUGUUUAGUUAUCUCACUUGGUGGUGGACGUGGCUUUGUAUUCAAGUGUCACUCAUGGACCCUUGCAAACGACAAAAAACUUUAAAUUGAACUGGUUUCAUACCCAUUAUUCUACGACCAAAUUUGAUACUAAUCCCAGACUAAAACUGUCUCAUUUCAGUUUUGGAAGUUUCUUUCCCCAGUAGUACAACCACUAAAGUUUAAUUUGAAGUUUCUGCUGAUAUUUCUGAAAAUAUGACAGUCUACAAAAAACCUAAACUGUAAGAAUGGAUGAAGGAAUGCAUAAAUGGAUGGACUGAUUGAUGGACAAAUGAUUGAAUGAAUGGAUAGAAACAAAAGGAUAGAUAAACAGACAAAUGGAUUGAUGAAUGAAAAUUUGAAUUUUGGAAUUGAUUGGAGUGGCCGAUGGGACAUGGACAAGAAAAGCCAGAAGUAUUUAAUAUUUUUUUACUCAUCCAGAUUUGAAGGUGUAUGGAAAACACAAGUUUUCUCCAGACAUACUGAUAGCAUGUUUUGGCUUGUUUAGAGGAUUUACUUUGUGUUGCUUUUCAAUUAGAUCACAUGCAGAAUAUCCGCAAAAACAUGGGGAAAAGAUAAACAGUGUUUACACUCGGAUGCCACAUUUAUAAGUUAAAUUGUUUUCAGGGAUGGGAUUAGACUACUUAUGGAAGUUGGUCUUAUAAUUAAGUUUGGAUGUCUCUUAAAGAUGCAGAAUUUUUCUUGAACCAUAAAACGUGGAUGGUGCAAUUUUCCAUUUUUCUAGCUCACAUAAACCAGAAAUCAAAAUCAAUUAAAUCAAAAGCUUUACCAUAUAUUUUAGUUUCUCUGGUGCAGGUCUGAUAAUCAGGAAAGAAUUUAGUCUACAAAAGUAAGCUUCACCAUUUGCAUCUGUGUUACAUGUGAAACGUUACUUUGUGUGUUUGUUUACUGUAUGCCUAAUUUAUAAACUGCAAAAAUGUAAUGGGGCGUGGGAGGCAAAUUGAAGUAAACGGACACAAUUCAGUUUACUUGUAAACGUUGCAUGUUGAAUAAAUCCUUUCGGAUGUUUGAUAAAAGUCUGAACAGAUUAUUCACUGGAACGUACCAACACUGACUGCAAGAAGGAUAAACAAACAAAAACAAAAAGCAGGCGCUAAUUUUGUCCACCAGGGAGCACUGACAAGUUUAUUAUUUCAAACUGUUAACAUCCUGAUUGAUACAUAUAAUUUAUAUCCUACUAAGUAGUUCCCGGGCUUAUCAAAAGUUGCUUCCACAAAUAUUAGUCCCUAGUCAGGCUCCACAGACGAGACAAAAAGCUAAAGGAGUGGCUUGUAUAAAUGUCUAAUGCCCAGCGUAUCUCCUAUGUGCACCUCUUGCACUGUGGCUGAACCAGAAAACCUGACCAACAUUGAAACGAAAAAAAAAAACACCCCAAACUGGCCAACAGUGAAAG